UUCUGGAAAAAAACAAGCCAGGUCGGUCAUUCAAGGGUUUCCGUAGUGGUUAAGUAGGUAUACAGGAAUCAUGUCACCCUAACUGAUGUAUUAUUGUCUGGUUUAAGAAUAGCCCAGUUUAAACACAUUCUCUGCAUGCCUGCCCUCAUACAGUACAAAACAAAAGCAGAACAAGGAAAAUCAUCAGCAAUGACAGUGCCAAGAAUCAAGUUGGGAAGCCAGGGUUUUGAAGUAUCUGCACAGGGGUUUGGUAGCUGUGGCAUGACUCUCACUGCCCCAUAUGGCCCAACUCAAUCUGAACAUGAAAUGAUCUCCCUCCUUCACCAUGCUGUUUCCAAAGGCAUUACUUUUCUUGACACCUCUGAUGUCUAUGGUCCUCACACUAAUGAACUUUUCCUUGGAAAGGUAGGCUGCCUUGCAUUAACUGUAAAGCUGGCUACAAAGUUUGGGUUAAUCUUUGCAGAUGAUAAAUUAAGCAUUCAUGGAGAUCCUGCAUACGUUUGUGCUUGCUGUGAAGGGAGUCUGAAGAAGCUCGAUGUGGAUUGCAUUGAUCUUUAUUACCAACAUCGAAUUGAUACCAGAGUCCCCAUAGAAGUUACUAUUGGAGAAAUGAAGAAACUGGUUGAAGAGGGGAAAAUAAAAUACAUUGGACUUUCUGAGGCUUCUGCAUCAACAAUUCGAAGAGCCCAUGCUGUUCAUCCCAUUACAGCAGUUCAGAUAGAGUGGUCUGUGUGGAGUAGGGAUGUUGAGGAAGAAAUCAUUCCAACCUGCAGGGAGCUUGGUAUUGGAAUUGUGGCAUAUAGUCCUUUAGGCCGAGGUUUUCUCUCUUCAGGGGGAAAGAUUGCUGAAAGCUUUGCAGAUAAAGAGCUUAGAAAGAUUGUGCCAAGGUAUAUAGGAGAGAGUCUUAAAAGGAAUGAUGCUAUAUUUGAGACACUAUCAUCAAUUGCUUCAAAAAAUGGGUGUACUCCAGGGCAACUUGCACUUGCUUGGAUUCAACACCAAGGAAAUGAUGUUGUGUCAAUUCUUGGGACAACCAAAGUCAAGAACUUUGAGGAGAAUGUUGGUGCUCUUUAUGUGAAGUUGUCAAUUGAGGAAAUGAAAGAAAUAGAUGCCAAGGUAUCUUCUAAUGGUGUCUAUGGAGAUCGAUAUCAUGACAUAGAUUUUACAUGGAUGAAUUCAGAAACACCUCCUUUGUCUUCAUGGAAAGGGUUAUAGUUAGUUUUGAUUAUAUUAUCUUCAUGCACGGCUAGUUACAUGUAAGCCACAUAAAUGGAUUCCAUUUUGCUAAAAUAAGAAGGAAAUAUUAUGUCAAAGAUGAUGCAAAAAGUAUAAG